GCACACGCACCCUCACGUUCUCGCGCCCCCGCACGUGUGACCCGCGCUCGCUCGCUCGCUAUUUGCCUGCCGUUCCUCUCUCGUCCCGCCCGCUGAACAACACAACCCACUCCGCCCAAUCUUCUCUCCCAAACCGACACCAACUUCCAUUUUUGUUUUGUGUCAGAUCUUGUGCCUAAAAAUCCUCCCCCCCCCCCACCUCAAAACCUUCGGAAAAGUGCUGGUUGUUUUAAACGCUCGAUCGGAGUGAAAUGUUUUGAGAAGACUUUCGCAGCUCCGGAAGUCUGAGAUUGGAUGUGAAGGAAGGAAACCCAGAUUAUAAAUGUAUAUUUCGUGCUCUGUAUAGAAUAAGAAAUAGAUCUAUAUAUUUCUAUAUCUUCCCCUCCCCCCUCACCUGCCGUACCCUUUUGGCUGUCUCCAAAUACCCAGUUACUGAUAAGAAAUUCUGGUAAUCGCCAAUUAUUAAUCACAAAACAUCCAAAAAAAAAAAAUAUAUAUAUAAAUAAAAAAAAAAAAAACAAUACGAGAUUCUCUGAAACACUGGAAAAAAAGAGAAAAUUAAUACAUCCUUGAAAAAAAAGAAAAGAGUUUAGAAGCCUUAACUGAAAAAUAAGGUCCUAGCAACACUGAAUUAUACAGAAAUGCUCGGGGUCUACAUUAUAGCAGUGCUCUUUAUCAACUGUCAGGCGAGAUGUUGUGAUCCAGGUGCUGCGGGUGACCUAUUAAGAGGGGUCGACGUCCCCCUCUACGCCUUCGCAGGAGGUCAAGCCACCCUCAGCUGCUCCUACGACCUCAGGUCAACCCGUCUCUACUCCUUGAAGUGGUACCACAACGGAACGGAGUUCUAUCGCUACGUGCCGACGGAGAGAGACAGACCGAAUUACAUCCGACCGAGUCACAAGUUUACGGUCACGGAGCUGUUUCGAAAUGACCACCGCGUGACCUUAUCUCUGACCCGACUUUCCAUAACGGCGUCGGGUCAGUAUCGGUGUGAGGUCAUUGCAGAACACCCGAGCUUCCGGACCGAGGGGGCCAUCGCCAACAUGACCGUGCUCAGAGAACCGCUAUCCCCCCCGGUGCUGGUGGGGGCGAGGGAGAUCUACGAGCCGACGGAGCUGAUCAAAAUAGGUUGCCAGCCGCAGCGCCCCUUUCACGAUGACCACAAACCAACGUUGCAGUGGUUCCUCGAGGGUAGCCAGGUGGGCUCGGAGUGGGUCACGCCCUACGGAAAGACCUCCCACCAGGGCUACUUCGGCUUGUCUCUACACGUCCCGGGAGAACAGAUCGUAGAAGCAGGAGGGAAUUUGAAAGCUGAAUGCCGACUCACCCUCGGGCCCCAUCAACUCAGCGCCUACAAGACCUUACGAGUCAGAAUGCGUAUGAUUUCGUACGUCGACAACUACCACGCCUCAGGAUCGCAGAACAUGGCUCCCGGUGCUCCUGCUGUCUGCUUGCUCCUGCUUGCCGCUUCCCACUUCCUCCUGCUGAUCGUCGUCUAGAAAAGGCCCUGCAGCGGGUGUCUUCGAAUCAAACUACCCGCGUCGUAGCGUUUAGGAUGUGAAACUAUACAAAAUAGGAUCUAUUGUAGGAUUAUGUAUUGAAGUGUUGUAGAUGAGGAUGUGUUCGUGUGUGUGUGUGUUUGUGUGUGUGGUUAGGUUUGUAAUACUUUUUUUUUCACUGGGUAUAUGUUUUCAUACUUUUUUGAAUGAUUGAUUGAUUCUUCUCUCCUGUCUCACAUCACUUCUUCGGAAGGAUAUGCCUUUUUUGUGGACGAGGAAGAGAGAGAGAGAGAGAGAGAGAGAGAGAGAGAGAGAGAGAGAGAGAGAGAGAGAGAGAGAGAGUAGGCUAGUAUUCGUAGAGUUUUUGCACCCGACCAAACCCAACUUGUAAACUCUUCAUGUCGUGUGAGUUUGAGCGUGCGUUUUCUGCCUAAAGUAACAUUUGUGUGAUUACUCCUAGCGUGAAUUUAGUUUCAAAUCCGAAAGCCUGGACAAAUGUGCUUUGCAUAUCCACCUUAUAAAUAAAUAUACAGUAUAUAUAUAUAUAUAUAAAUAAAUAUUUCGUGUGUACAGAUAAGUGAACACCCAAGUUCAUAAUUUUUCCUACAUAAAUACAAGUGUUCACAUGUAAACAAAGUCUUGCAUAGCUUAUCAAGUAUGAAACAAAAUGAGGUUAUUUGUACAUAACACACAAACUGUAUAUUGCACGUGUGUACAUAUAGCUAAGGCCCAUGCAUAUAGAUGCACAUAGGAUGAACAAUAAUAGGGAAUAAAAUAAUGUGUAAACAAGUAUGUAAAGCGUAGGUUUUGGUCAUGCAAACAGGUGUAAAUAACACAGGAACUACAAAUCGGUGUGUACAUUACCCAUGUAGGAACAGUACUUCCCAAAGCAUGGUCACUGUGGGUCAGUCAGUAAUAAAUGUGUAUUGAGUUGAAACUUAUCUCAUUCGUGGGAAAAAAAAAAAUUCCUUAAGGCAGGAUAUGCCCCUUUGUAGAGACGAUGUAGAAGAGGGACUUUGCCGCUUAGGAUCUCAAAGUCUCUUCAAGGAGAGUCAUAUUUCUUAUUUUCAUGUGUGUGUGUAUUAAGUAGAGUCGUUUACCGGGAGACUUCACAUAGGUAGAGUCUCUGUCUCUCUGCCUAUGUCGAGUCUCCUGCCCCAUCUGUCUAGAGAAUACUACCCUUUCUUUACUUAUAAAAAGAAGAGUCAAGUAGAGUCCUAUAAGAAACAGACAGCAGAAGGGACGCCUCUUUCGCCCGGAGUUCCCCAUCGUCUGCA